ACCCGGGCCUUGCACCCCAGCCUCCGUGUUACGUGCGCCCCCCUCCGUUCUCACCCCUGCAGGGUUACUCCUUCGUGGCACCCUCCAUCCUAUUCGACCACAGCAACGCCGUGAUGACCGAUGCGCUCGAGGCGCCGGGCGCUGGAGACCGGCCGGGCCGGGCCGCCGUAGCCAGGAGCGCCAUGAUGCAGGACUCGCCCUUCUUCCAGCAGUACGAGCUGGACCUGCGGGAGCCCGCGCUGGGCCAGGGCAGCUUCUCCGUGUGUCGUCGCUGUCGCCAGCGCCAGAGCGGCCAGGAGUUCGCGGUGAAGAUCCUCAGCCGCAGGCUGGAGGCGAACACGCAGCGCGAGGUGGCCGCCCUGCGGCUGUGCCAGACGCACCCCAACGUGGUCAACUUGCACGAAGUGCACCACGACCAGGUGAGGCCUCCCGGGACCAGCGGGCGAUGA